AUGGCUGGCACCGCGCUGGCGAUGCGUGCUGUGGCAUCGCCAUCCAGCCUGACUCUGGCUGCGAUGUCGCGCCGCACCUUCGCCACUGCAUCGCAGACCCUCCGUUCCAACCCGCUCCGUCCCAACAGCCUGCAAUCGAUCUCUCGUGCCGCCCGUCGCGGUUAUGCCGAUGCGGCUGCUCCGGCUCCGGCUCCGGCUCCCAAGCCUCAGAAGCGCUUCCGAGUCCUGCGAUGGGCUUGGCGGUUGACUUGGUUGAGUGCUCUUGGAUUGACCGGCGCUUUGGCAUACAGCAUCUACGAGCUGCGUCACCCCGAGGAGCAGUAUGAGCCUGAUCCGAAUAAGAAGACCCUCGUCAUCCUUGGUACUGGCUGGGGUUCCGUCUCCCUCUUGAAGAAACUGGAUACUGAAAACUACAACGUCGUCGUCAUCUCGCCCCGCAACUACUUCCUGUUCACUCCCUUGCUGCCCUCUUGUACUACCGGUUUGAUCGAGCACCGUUCCAUCAUGGAGCCUAUCCGCAACAUCCUCCGCCAGAAGAAAGCCACCGUCAAAUUCUACGAAGCCGAAGCCACCAAGAUUGAUUACGAGAAGCGCGUCGUUCUGAUCAGCGAUGACUCCGAAAUCAAGGGUGAUAUCUCCCACACCGAGGUUCCUUUCGAUAUGCUGGUGAUCGGUGUUGGUGCCGAGAACGCGACUUUUGGUAUCCCUGGUGUCCGUGAGCACUCUUGCUUCUUGAAGGAGGUCACCGAUGCUCAGAACAUUCGUAAGCGUAUUAUGGACUGUGUCGAGACCGCUAUGUUCAAGGAUCAGACCGAGGAUGAGGUUAAGCGUCUGCUGCACAUGGUUGUGGUUGGCGGCGGCCCUACUGGUGUCGAGUUUGCUGGUGAACUGAAGGAUUUCUUCAACGAGGAUCUGAAGAAGUGGAUCCCCGAGAUUCAGGAUAACUUCCACGUCACUCUGGUUGAGGCUCUCCCGAACGUUCUGCCCAUGUUCUCCAAGCAGUUGAUUGACUACACCGAGUCGACCUUCAAGGAGGAGGAGAUCACCAUCCGGACCAAGACUAUGGUCAAGAAGGUCACUGACAAGUAUAUCGAGGCUGAGGUCACCAACCCUGACGGCAGCAAGACUUUGGAAACUAUCCCCUACGGACUCUUGGUUUGGGCUACCGGUAAUGCGGUGCGCCCUGUGGUCCGUGAUCUGAUGAGCCAAAUCCCCGCUCAAAAGGACUCCCGCCGCGGUCUCGCCGUCAACGAGUACCUUGUUGUGAAUGGCACCGACAACAUUUGGGCUGUCGGUGACUGUGCGAUUGCCAACUACGCCCCCACUGCCCAGGUGGCUGGUCAGGAAGGCGCUUUCCUGGCCCGCCUUUUCAACACCAUGGCCAAGACCGACACGAUUGAGAAGGAGCUCCAGGCUUUGUCUCACGAGCAGUCUCUGGCGAAGACCGACGAGGACCGUAACCGUGUCUUUGAUGAGAUCCGCGAGCGCCAGAAGCAGCUGCGCAGGACCAAGCAGAUUGGCCCCUUCCAGUACUCCCACCAGGGUAGUCUGGCCUACAUCGGCAAGGAGCGUGCCGUUGCCGAUAUCAGCUGGCUGAGCGGCAACAUCGCCAGUGGAGGCACUCUGACCUACCUUUUCUGGCGCAGUGCCUACCUGAGCAUGUGUUUCAGCUCUCGCAACCGUGUCCUGGUCGCUCUUGACUGGAUCAAGGCUCGUAUCUUCGGUCGUGAUGUCUCUCGCGAGUAA